AUGGGGGGACUGACGGUCGCGGACCUCACGGCGGAGGCCAUUGGCCAAGCGGAGGCGCGGCUGCACCAACAGACGGCGGCGGUCGAGCGGCUCCGCGCGGACCUUCAGCGCCUGCAGGCCGAACUCACCGCCGCGGAGGCCGAACGGACGCGACUCACCGCGGCGCUGCGGUGGCGGCGGCUCAUGGCGGAAGUCGAGGCGGACGCAAACGUGGCGGGCAUCACCGCCGCCCUCACCGCCGCCGUCGCGGAGUUCCGCCGGAGUCUGCAGCCGCCGUCGGGCUACGAUGAGAUCAGCGAGGGCAUCCCGUACAUUGACACCGACGACUGCGGCGACUUUUCCCCGCUGGAUCUCUGCAUUGAGGAUUGUCUGGAGCGGGUCUCGCAGCUCGUGGAAAACAACAGGGCAGAACCCGCAAGUCAGAAAAGAUCCAGUAGCAGUAGCCACAGUCAGGAUAACUUCAACAAGAAACUCUCGGAGAAGAAGAAAAAUGGUAAUAAUGACAAUGAUGAUGAUGAUGAUGAUGAUGAUGAUGAUGAUGAUGUGUGCCGUCGGCGGGCUAUGCUGAUGUUGCUCGUUCUAACGGUACAUUUAGGGAACCUUGACGAUCAAUUGGAAAACGUAGUCCUUGAAGAAGGUGAAGUGACGAGAGAGGCAGAUGAGCUGAGAGAUAAUGUGGCGGAUGUGUGGAACCAGAUGUUAUACACAGAUAGUGGACUCACAGAAGCGGAGAAGGAAGAGUGGAAAUCUGUAGUCCAGACGUUUUUAGGAGCCCCCUAUGACUCCUCAGCAUCAUGA